GUUGUCACCUGUGGAGAAAAAAAAGAAAAGAACGAAAUGAAAAAAGAAAGUCAAAGCAUUCUACAGAGAGUCGAUGGGCGAAAACGGAUGUGGACAGUUAUUUGCAGCAAGAGAAAAGCAAAGAAUGAGCCAGUAUUUUAAAACAAGACAGGAGGCUGUAGAAAGGGUGCAAACAAAGGGCAAAGAAGAGCGUUCUCAUGUACCAAAGGAAUUUGAUGGAGACUUACAGAAGUUGAUGGAUGAUGUACAAUACUGGCCAAAUCAACCUCUCAAUUGGAGUGCCAAAGCAAGAGAAUAUAAGAUAAAGAAAAAAAGGGGCCCCGAGAGUCCUCCAAAUGCAGGACAGCUUCUCAAGGAAUACCUGUCAUCCAAAGGAGUAGAUGUUAACCGGUUUAACAGAAGACAGAAUGGAGGCAAGAGAGUAAGGCGCGUAAUUCAGAAGCAGAGAGGAGGGGAAAUUUCUUUGCCUGUUCCAUGGAGUAACACAGAAGUAAGAAACACAGUUAAAGAUCUCAUACAGAAUGGGACAUGCAACAUCGGGAUCCCCAUUGCAGAGACAGAACACGUCAAGCUAGUUAUAGAUGCUGAUGGAAAUGUUGCAAAAGCGGUUACUAAAGUCCAUGGAAGAAAAAUCCCUCUUCAAGAAAUUCAAAAAGAGUCACUUAAGAAAAACAGAGAAUUUCUAAAGAUACACAAUGGUGAGUUCUUUGAGAAGAUGACAAUAGAGGAAAUCAUUCAUAAGAGCUGAAGAGUAUCGGUGAAGACACCACUGGGACAAUGGAAGAGAUGAAGGAGAGGCUCAAACGCUUCAACAGAACAAGGCACUGGCUGAUAUGGCAUGACCACAGUGUGAUUGCAAACCAUGGAUUAAUGCUCUUCUGUCUUAGAGAACUUUAUGACCCUGCAAUACACAAAAGUAGCCAGACCUACCUUGAAGAAACUGGCCGAAAGAUUAACAUACAAGCAACAGUAGAGUCACCAAAAGUAUAUAUACUUGGGGCCAGUAAAAGCACAGUCGAUGAUCAAAUGCGGUUUGUCAAGACAAGGCAGGAAGACCUCAAGAAUCAAGUUUCAACUAUUACAAAUGAAGGCAUUGAGGUAAACGAAGUAAUGAGGUACAUGAAUGGUGACAACCCAGCAGUCCAAAUGGAAUCUGGAACCCAACAUGGAGGGACAUUAACUUGUGCGGGAUGUGAUUGCAAUAUCAAUUCAUGUUACAACCUAGAGUACAGCCUGCAAAGGCCAUAUCUCACUUUGAAUUAAAGUCAAGACCUGAUACUUGCAGUCACAGCUGGGCAAGGGGGAACUUAUCACCCAUACAAAAACCUGAAGGCAGAUCAGCUAAAGAAAGAGAUGAGGUCAAGAGGACUCAGUGAGGAAGGAAAAAAGGAGGAGAUACAAGAGAGACUGACAGAAACACUAAGGGGGAAAACACGUCUACCUGCACUUCUAACAAGUAGGCUCCCCGGCAAUAAGCAGAUAGAAGAGCUGAACCUUCAGCGGUACGAAGUGCUGUAUUUUGAAGCCUUACAUGCGUCAAUGAAUCACAUCAAGAACAUACUAGCUGAGCUUCGGCACCAUGUCACAGAUAUUGAUGCACUCAUAACAUUGAAUGAGAUACUAGGUAUACAGCUUAGUAAAGACAAGGUCAGAGGGGUCGAUUACAGGAAGACUCUAAUCCUGGUUACCACUGCCCUGUACAGCAAAGUCAGCCGGAACAUCAGGCUCCUCCUAGUUACCCUCUGUGAGAUGUGUGAGAUUUUUUAUGCAUCGGCAGACAGACGAAGUCCAAAGAUGAUACUCAGACUACACAACCUCUGCUGGCAUCAUGCAAUCCGAUGCGGCACCAUUCUUACACCCCCUACAGCCCUGACAUACCGCAAGUUCUUUGGAAUUUACUUCCAUGCUUCCAUCUCUCAUGCUUCCUUUCUGCUCCGUUUACACUCCCACCGUUCUACCAAUGCUGAGACCUUUGAGCGCCUGUUUGAGAAAAUCACUGACAUUACCAAGAAGACCUGGGGGGAAAGACUGGAAGACCUCCCCAGCAAUGCAAUGCUACAUGUCAGUGCAGAGAUCAACACGAAGGAGACGGAUGCAGUGCUCAAGGAAGAAGGAGAGAUCAUAAAACUUGCUAAGGCAUUGCCACAAAUGGGUAACAACACCCUCACCAAAGAUAUGCUCCGAGAGUAUGCCGGAGAUUGGGAAGGUCACCUACACCAGAUAGCAGACUUCCUAGUGCCUGGAGAAGGAGAGUGGUGGUAUGAGACAGAAGAUACUGUGGAAUUUCAUGAUGGGAAUGAUGAGAUUUCCCACAGAAAUGCACCUGCCCUACACCAUUUCCGGUCAUCUUCAAUACCACAAGAGCAGAGUUACUUGAGAGAGAGCUCAGGUGAGAGAGAGCUCUGGUGCUGGGACAAUGCGAGAUAGUGAAGAAGUAUGACCAGCUCAAGCAGCACUUGAAAGAAAAUCCAAGAUCUCGUUACUACAUUAAUAAAUACAACACACACCUUGCUCACAUCCAGGUCGAGGUCCUGAAGGCUUACA